GGUCGCGCGCUCGCUACCGCCGACAUUCGCACCGCGACUUACCAAACUGUCGAUCGUAUUCGUAAACUUACACGCCUACUUUAAUUCAAUUUCGGAACAUCGGGAAAUUGUUCCGUAAACACUUGAUAAUAUUUAAAGAGCUAGAAAGUGUUAAUUUAAAGUGAAUUGUGUCAUUUUUUAGGUGGAUGUUCAAGUGUGCUUCUGUUCGAUAUAUUUAGUGUUUUAUUUAAAAACGAUUCCCUCGAGUGAGGUAUAAUGUGUGAGUGGACAUGAGUGGAGUAUACGGGGUGCGGUGAUGCGAGUUACGGCGGCGCACGAUGCGCGCGCGCUUUGAUGGAAGAGUCAUGGUCGUCGGGCGGCGCGCCGCUGCUGCGCACGCGAUCCUUACCGCUAGUGCUAGAAGCGAGCGGAGGUGCCCCUGCGCGCCAAACGAAACUCGACCCAAGACAACUCCUGACUUUAACCCGCCACUAUUACCCCGAAGGAGGCUGGGGAUGGGGCGUAGCGGCCGCAGCGACUAUUGUACAACUCUUGGCUCAUGGAUUGCAUCAAGCCGCCGCAGUGCUAGCCGUAGAGGUCGUAAAACGAUUUGGACCCGAGGUUCGAAUGCAAGCAGGUUGCCUCGGCGCAAUUUCAGCUGGCGUCGCACUUGCUCUGUCGCCAGUUACGGUUGCGCUCUGCGUGCGCAAAUCUACGCGCGUCACAGCGGUCGUAGGCGGGCUGGUCGCCGCCUUGGGCUGUCUUUUUACAUCCUUUGCUACACAAUUCCAUCAAUUAUUCUUCAGUUACGGAACUGUCGUCGGUGUAGGCGUCGGUUUGACUCGAGACUGCUCAACGUUAAUGGUGGCUCAAUACUUCAAAAGGAGACGAGAGCUCGUAGAGAUUUUCAUUGUAAGUGGCAGCGGUCUCGGCAUAGCUGUCAUGUCGACUUUCAUCAAAAGUGCCAUCAGAGCUAUCGGUUGGCGAUUGGGUCUACAAGCGGUUACAGGAGUCGUUUUUGUUACUUUCAUACUCGGAACAUUUUACCGCUCCGCCUCAUUGUACCACCCACAACGACGUGCCAUACUACAUCUUAAAAACCAAAACAAAAUUAAACGGAAAAUGAAGGAUAGAAAUAAAACGGACGACAGGCAACCUUUCUUCGACUUCUCUACUCUACGGUCUAAAACUGUGAGAAUCUUACUAAUGUCAACUGGAAUAUCAGCGUUUGGGAUCAACACACCGAUAUUUUAUCUCGCUUAUCACGCCGAAGAAGAAGGAUUAGGCGACACAGCGGAGCUACUCCAAGCAUACCUCGGUUUAGCAUGGGCAGUCGGAUGUGCGGCAUUUGGUCUGCUAGUACGGCAAAACUCAGCUGAGUGCCGUAUAGCUAGACAGUACCUCACCCAAGCUGCAGUGUUUGUGUGUGCGUUAGCCACUAUGGCGCUAACGGCUGUUGAAGGCUCGUAUAGAGGAUAUGUGAUGUUUGCUUGGGUCUACGGUAUUUUUUGCGGCGGGUACCACUAUUCGUUAAAAAUGUAUACGUACGAACGAGUACGUUCCCGAAACUUCGCACGCACGUGGGGUUUUGUGCAAUGCUCACAGGCCGUGCCCAUCGCUAUUGGGGUGCCACUAUCAGGGUACAUAAAUGUGGGUUGCGGCGGCAAAGCUGGUUAUUACUUCAGCUCAACGUGCUCGUUGAUUGGUUCCCUGUCGCUUUUCUGCAUCGACCUGCACCGUCGCAGCGUCGCUAACAAACACACCAAAGAAAAUGGCGGUACGGUUGGGUGCGAGUCGACAGCAACGUCGCGCAACCGCGAUCGCGAGCCGCGCACCGCUACCGGGGCUGCAACUGCAUUAGUUCUAGGAGCAGAACUAGUAGCACCAGGCAGAGCUGGCCGAGAUUUAUUACUAGACAGCAUCGGUCCUGGCAGCCUUGGAUCCCCCCCUCCCAAUCUCCCUCCAGAACUGACGUGCAUCAGUGAAGAAGGAGGAUUAGAUUUAGAUUUAGAUCUAGACAUACCCGAACACCUACUAGAGGAAUUGGAUUGUGGGGGAGAUUGUAUUACUAGUUGUAAUAAGGUGGAGAACUACUUGAUGUUGAGUGAAUACGAGAACAAUCUAAUCGCAGAGAUUCCUAACUUGAACGAACGACGGGGACGGCGAUGGUCCAUCGUCGUCGCUAACUCAAACUCCCCGCAGCCUUCCACCAAUCAGGAGAACCAGAAUAAUUCACCCGAACAUCACAGGAAUUCAAUCAAAUGGAAGAAAAAGUGCCAUAAUACAAACAACAGACUGAUAACAGUGAUCAAUGAAGCGUCGUUAUAAACCACUAGUGGAAUAAAGUUGAGACAAUAAAUAGAAAAUAAUUCGUUUAGUGUACCAAUGACCUAUUUAACCUCAUAAUUUAUUUCUUGUGUGUGUAUAGUAGCCUCAUUUGUGUAAC